UUCAACCUCUCUCCUCCAACCGAGCCUCCCUUGCUCCGUUCGACAGACCCCUCCCUGCGGGUCUCCCCAAGUCACUGCAGUGAAACGCCCGGCGGAAAGAGCGAGUGGCGAACCAAAAACAUACACCCGCGUUAUUACGCCUUUAUCAGCUAUUGCCUGGCUACACUGGGCCGACGUUCCACCCUUGGCAAAAUCUGUCGAUCGGCGUCUCUGCACAUCUCUUGGUAGGCGUUUCAUCGUCCAGCCGGCAAGAUGGGAAAUGAAGCAAGCUAUCCCCUGGAAAUGUGCUCGCAUUUUGAUGCUGAUGAGAUUAAGAGGCUAGGCAAGAGAUUUAAGAAACUCGACCUGGAUAACUCAGGAUCCUUGAGUGUUGAGGAGUUUAUGUCCUUGCCUGAGUUACAACAGAACCCGCUGGUGCAACGAGUCAUAGAUAUAUUUGACACGGACGGCAACGGGGAAGUGGACUUCAAAGAGUUUAUUGAAGGCGUGUCCCAGUUCAGUGUGAAGGGAGACAAGGAACAGAAGCUGCGGUUUGCCUUUAGAAUCUAUGACAUGGACAAGGAUGGCUACAUAUCGAACGGGGAGCUGUUCCAGGUGCUGAAGAUGAUGGUGGGCAACAACCUGAAGGACACCCAGCUGCAGCAGAUUGUGGACAAGACCAUCAUCAACGCUGACAAAGAUGGAGACGGGAGAAUAUCUUUUGAGGAGUUCUGCGCUGUUGUAGGAGGCCUUGACAUACACAAAAAGAUGGUGGUGGACGUGUGAGUUUCCUGACCGAUCCUUACCAACACAACAACACGCUUUCUUCUCCAUCUCUCCGACCAUCAGCUCAAGAUGUCAGGCAGUUGCUCCUUAUGUAUUUAAAUGGAAGUAUUUUCUCUGUGAAGCCAUUUUCUUCUAACACGAGCCUCGUGAAGCCAACUUGCGUUAUUGAACUUUUCUCCCGUCAAUAACUCCGGUGUAGCACUUUAAGAGACUGAACGAUGGCUAGUCUUGUAAGAGCAUCUCAAUUUGGUGGCGAGAAGGGUUGGAAGUUUGGCUUGUUUAUAUUUUGUUUGUUUUUUAAUUGUUAUUUUUUAAAUAUUUAUUUGUUCUCGUCUUUUUUUAAAAACACGUCUUGCAAUUGAAAGGGGAGAAUGUGCAGUUAUAGCUGAGGUUCAACUUAACAUACUUGAUCCAUAAAAUAUAAAUGUAGGAUGUGAUGUGCCAAGCAGAUUAUUUAAUUAACCAAUUAAGAAAACGGUUCCAUCCUUUUAUUUUGGAAGUCAUACGGUAAUUGCAUGAGUUACCAUGUUGAAUGCAAUUUCAUCUCAAAAUUAACAAAUAAGGUUGUGGGAUUUUUUUCUAUUAUAAACUUUGUAAUAUGAGGUUUUGAUUAGAUUUGAUAAAUUUCAUUUAGCUUCCAGGACUUAAGAUUCUUUUGUCAAUUGUUUAUAUUGUUGCGGAGUAAUGGGUUCCUUUGUGUUACUUUCAGAUACACAUUAUAGAAUAGAGUUAGAUGCUGAGACGUCGUCUUUGCUCUUUUAGUGUUCCCGUGACUUAAGUAACCAAGCGGUCUGCAUCCUCAUCACACACCCCCAGUGCAUACUUACCACUCAUCCAGUACACAUCGCAACAUUUCUAUUAAACCAUUAAGAACGUUUUUAUGGACUUUAUGUAUUUUAUUAUAGAAUUGACUGCAUUCAAUGCGGUCAAUGCUCACAAAACCAAAAGUUAAGUGCUGAUACCUAAUUCUGAAAAUCCAAUGCAUUUCUUUUUUUGUUGUUGCGCUUUUCAUUCACAAACUGCUGGCAGAAUUUUCCUCUUUUAUAAAUCAAUAUAUGUAUAUUAAGUACUCAACAGCAUAGGCUCGUCUUCAGAUGAUCAGAGGAAAGCUUUACAUAUGUAUACAGUCCAUGUAUCUGAGGGUUGCUGUGCACUGUCAUUUCAGUUUUUCUUCUAUAUAGUGCAAUGGAAUAACUGUACUCUUGACAUUGACAUAUUGGCAUGACAGACGUACAAUUGAAUACACUUUGUGAGUUGUAUGUGGACGUUUUUUUGUUUUGUUUGUUUUCCCCCCAAUGGACACAAUCCAGUUGAUGUGAGCUCAGAGCACCUGGUAAAGAGAGCAUUUCAUGAUAGGAAGCUAUGCGAAGCAAAAGAGGACAGGCUGUGUGAAACCACAACUGUACUUGCGCUUCAGAUCCUUUACAAAUGACAGCACAAACGGAGUGGUGUUCCACCGAGGACAGGUGGAACAAAUCAAUCAUCAUGGUACACUCUCUCUAAGAAACCUGUCUUGGGAUACAAGGCUCAUAUGUCUUGUGCUUGCAUGACGUGGAGACUUCCCUAAAUGCAUGUCAAACCUUUUUGAAAUGCUCCUAUUGUUUACACAUUGAUUGUGAUGUUUAUAAAUAUUAACAAUUAAAAAAAAUGUUUAAUAUGGAUGUUGCCAAAAAUUUGGUAAGUGUACACGGGAUUGGUCAAUAACCAUGAGUGAACCUACCUAAGUGUAUCUUUUAUACUCACCUGGAUCGAUGAAAUGCUUGAAUUCCACAAACGUUGCAUAUCUGAUCCUGUCAACUGCCACAUAGUCUGCUUCAGAAGGGGAUUUUGUCUUUCUUUUGUACAUAAAUAUUUGUUAGAUGCGGUUCCAGCUCUUAACUGUCUGUAUAACCAAUUGAAGUUUCAGUUACUUGGUUUUAUCAUAAUUUUUAGUUUGGCGGAUUGGGUACUUUGUGUGUGCGUGUGAGGGGGGCGGGGGGCAAAAAAGCUAAAAGUAAAAAAAAAAAAAAAAAAGACUCAAGUUUCAGUUUUAGGGUUUUUAUCCUUCUCUGCAUGCUGCAUCUUAUGCUGUGGGAUUAUUGGACUUAAUACUAUAUGAGAACAGAAAAUAAUAAACUUGAAACAUUUAAUCUGUUUAA